AUUUGCUUUCUUCAUUCUGACGGGAGAGGGCUAAAGUGAAGAAAAGUGGAGGAACCGGGAAAGUAGGCUCAGAUGAAAUUUAUGAAAGCAACUGGUUUGCAUACAAGACGAUGGAGUUUCAUCUAGACAAAAAUUGCCCUAGAGAAACAUCAAGCAUGAUUUUGGAUGAAGACACACAAUCCGAGCAUUCAGCUUCCGGUUCGACUCAUGAUGGGCAGGAGCAGACGCCAUUGCUUCGUCCUACUACAACUGGUGCCGCUCUAGGUCCAUCCCUUGACCCAAUUCCCAAAAAAAGUAGGAAAAAUGGUGGUUCGCAAGACAAACUAGAAGCAGCAUUCCAAAUUCUGAAAACAUCUGCUGCUCACAAUCAGAAAGAUGACAGCGAAUCUGAUCUAUUUGGAAAAUUGAUAGCUAAAAAAUUGGACUCGUAUUCGAAAGUUACGAAAAUCGCUGUGCAGCAAGCCGUAAUGGGUAUCAUCUUUAAUGCAGAUUCUGGAUUCUAUCAGCAGCCACAACAUCCCCAUCCCAGGUCAGUCAAUCUUCACCCAUCAACUUCUCAAUAUAAAUACCAUCCUUAUCCUACACCAAAUAUAAUACACCACCCUGUACAACCACAGUUAUUCUUCUGCUCUCACAAUAUCAUCCCAAGAUCCCUCAUAUUCUCAAAACCAACAAUCUCAACAUCCGAUAUCGCCACAAGAAUAUCAUAAUAAUUCAUCUUCAUCACUCUGUUCUCCCCCUGAAUGUUCCCCUACAAAUCCUUCGUCAGAAGAAACUACAUAUGAAGAGCUUGUAAAAGCGGCGAUGUGUGACUAAUUUGUUCAUAACUUGAAAUAUAGAAAAUAUGAACCCACUAAA